AUGACCCAGUACAGCAAGGCCAGGUAUUUGUCCAAGAUGCGCUCCCAGAGCUGCCUCCCUGCACCUGUAUACCCCCAUUCUGACCCGAUACUGGGGCUUGAUUGGUUACGACUCUCGCUCAAGGCCAUGAAGGGCAACGUGCUCCUGGAGCACUGGCAGAGCACCUUCAAGCGCGUCGGGAACACGUUCUGGGUCAAGGCGCUCGGCAAAUGGGUUCUCAUGACAAACGAGCCGGAGAACCUCAAGGCAAUUCUCGCGUCGUCCUUCGACGACUGGGUCGUCGCUGGCCCACGACUCGACGCUGUCCUGCCCAUCCUCGGCCCUCAUGCCAUCUUUUCGGCCAACGGUGCGCUCUGGCACGAUGCUCGAGCCACUAUGCGCCCCAGCUUCGUCCGGAACCAGAUAGCCGAUUUGGCAUGCUUCAGGAAACAUGUCAAUCGCUUCCUCGACAAGAUUCCCAAAGAUGGUCAAAGGGUGGAGUUGCAGGAUCUCUUGUACAGGAUGACCAUGGACUCUGCCACCGAAUUCAUGUUCGGACACUCGACAAACACGCUCACGAAUCCCUCGGCAGAAGCCGUCGAGUUCUUUAAGAUGUUCGACUACGUCAACGCCCGCUCGGCGAACCGCGCUCGCCUCGGCGUCAUGGCCUUCCUGGAUAGGGAUAAAAAGUUUGACGAAGGCCUGCGCUUCGUGCACCGCUUUGUCGAUGAAUACGUGGAGAAGGUGCAAGCUGAGAAGCGAGCCCCUGAACGCAGCUACGUCUUCCUCAAUGAGAUGGUCGACUCUGGACGGGAUCCUCAGUACAUUCGGUCACAGCUUCUUGCCCUUAUCCUUGCUGGCCGAGACACGACCGCCGGUAUCUUGGCAUCGCUGCUAUGGGUCCUUGCCAGGCGCCCUGAUAUCGUUGUGACCUUGAGGACCGAAAUUGACAGCCUAGGUGGUGCCGAGAUCACGUGGGAGACCCUGAAGCAAAUGAAGUACCUGAACAUGGUAAUGAAAGAAGCUCUUCGUCUAUUUCCUCCUGUCGCAAGCCUCUCCCGCUCUGCCGCGAGGGAUACCGUCCUCCCUGUGGGCGGCGGACCCGAUGGAAAGUCGCCGGUGUUCGUCCCUAAGGGAAAUGCCGUGCGGUGGUCUUUCUUCGCCAUCCAGCGCAGAGAGGACAUAUUUGGCCCAGACGCCGAGGAAUUCCGCCCAGAGCGGUGGAGCGAACUACGCGUCUCGUGGGAAUAUAUCCCGUUCUCUGGUGGACCAAGGGUUUGCAUCGGACAACAGUUUGCGCUCACACAGAUGGGCUACUUCCUCGUGAGGCUUUUCCAGACAUUUGGUGGCAUCGAAGCCAGAGAUGAUCGGCCCAUGCUGCAGGGCAUGACGAUUACGACUAAGUUAGCCAAUGAUCUCUGGGUGGGCUUGAAGAGGGUUUGA